ACAAGUACAGAUGUAGGAAGAAUAUGCACAUUGAAAUGAUCGAUUUUUUAAAAAUAAUUUUCAUGCAUUACUCUCGCCUUAUUUAAUUUGCUCCUCGCUUUACGUUCCUGCAGUCCUCAAUCCAGAUUCCAGAGAAAAAUUAGCAGCACAAAGUAAAUUAUGGGUUUGAAGGAGGAAUUUGAAGAGUAUGCUGAGAAAGCUAAGACCCUUCCUGAGAAUACUUCAAACGAGAACAAGCUAAUUCUGUAUGGGCUGUACAAGCAAGCCACUGUUGGACCAGUGAAUACUAGCCGUCCCGGAAUGCUCAACAUGAGGGAUAGAGCAAAGUGGGAUGCAUGGAAAGCUGUUGAAGGGAAAUCCAAGGAUGAAGCAAUGAGUGACUAUAUCACAAAGGUAAAACAGUUGCAGGAGGAAGCUGCUGCUGCUGCUGCUGCUGUUGCUGCUGCUGGAUCUUCUUGAUCUCCUAAUACUAUCCGGCCUCAAUCCAACGUGGCUGAAAAACAGUUCAAGCCUAGAAUAAUCUCCUGUACUUUUUAUUAUUGUUACUUUAUUAGUGUGUUACUCUUGCAUCAUGUCUGAAUAUUGAAUAAGACCUUUCCACUUGCAUCUAACAUGAAUGAGCUGGAAAUGGAUGUAUUUGUAGAGUUUGUGAAGACGGUCAAUUGCUUCAAACCAUUGAAAUUUCUAUCAAUAAGUCAGAUUUUAUUUA